CAGGGCUCACCUUUCCUCACCGAUUGAAGAUUUCUGUGUGACCAGAGUGUAUUGUGGGAGGAAGAGAAAUACCCUGGUUCUCCCACUGGCUGAAUCAUAGGAUCAUGGCCAUGGUUCUGUUCCCCACCUGUGUUCAGUCUCCCCUGUACCCAACAUCUCAAAAAGGAUGCACAGAGGAGGAAGGGUUUGUUAAUGGCUUCCUGAAAAGCUGGUUACCGGACAUGGUGACCUUCAAGGAUGUGGCUGUAGAGUUUACCCAAGAAGAGUGGGCAUUGCUGGACUCUUCUCAGAAAACACUGUACAAAAAUGUGAUGCUGGAGAACUGCAGGAACCUGGCGUCGCUUGGGUAUCAUGUUGAUAAACUCAGCCUAAUCUCUCAAUUGGAGCAAGAAGACAAGGUGGUGACAGAGAGGAGAGAAAUUAUCCCAGACAUUUGUCCAGAUUUGGAGACUAUACUUAAAGCCAAAUGGUUAACUCCUAAGAAGCAUGUUUUUAGAAAAAAACGUUCUAAUGGUGUAAAAGCGGAAAGAAAUCAUGUUGGAGUGAAACUUAAUGAAUGUAAUCAGUGUUUUAAAGUCUUCAGCACAAAAUCUAACCUUACUCAGCACAAGAGAAUUCAUACAGGAGAAAAACCCUAUGACUGUAAUCAAUGUGGAAAAUCUUUCAGCAGUAGAUCUUAUCUUACUAUUCAUAAGAGAAUACAUAAUGGGGAGAAACCCUAUGAAUGCAAUGACUGUGGGAAAGCCUUCAAUGAUCCCUCAUCCCUCAGACUGCAUGUAAGAAUUCACACUGGAGAAAAACCUUAUGAGUGUAACCAGUGUUUUCAUGUUUUCCGUACUAGUUGUAACCUCAAAAGCCACAAAAGAAUUCAUACAAGAGAGAAUCAUCAUGAAUGUAACCAGUGCGGAAAGGCCUUCAGCACAAGGUCCUCCCUUACUGGGCACAAUAGUAUUCAUACAGGGGAGAAGCCUUACGAGUGCCACGACUGUGGGAAAACCUUUAGGAAGAGCUCUUAUCUGACACAACACAUGAGAACUCAUACUGGAGAAAAACCCUAUCUGUGUAAUCAGUGUGGCAAAUCCUUCAGCAGUAGCUUUUCUCUUACUGUGCACAAGAGAAUUCAUACCGGGGAGAAACCCUAUGAAUGCAGUAACUGUGGGAAAGCUUUCAAUAAUCUCUCUGCUGUUAAGAAACAUGUGAGAACUCACACUGGAGAAAAGCCCUAUGAAUGUAAUCAUUGUGGAAAAUCUUUCACCACUAACUCUUACCUUUCUGUGCAUAAGAGAAUACAUAAUAGGUGGAUUUGAAUACAGUAACUGGAAAAGCAUUCAUUGAUUUCUUACCCCUCAGACAACUUGUGGUAACUUAA